ACCCAAACCCAAACCCAAUCAAGAACUGAGCCCUAAACCACUCCUUUUGCUCUGCAAACGCUGCCACCACCUUUUCUGCCCCCUCUGUGAUAAAGCAAAAGCAAGAGAAAAAAAGCCAAACAAGAAAAGGAAGAAAAAACACGUAUAUUACUAAAGAAAUAAAGAGGAAAGAGAGAGGAAACAAAACGCAAGAAAAAGCUCCCAUCGCAGUUCAUGUAUCGGAAUAGGAGCUGAGCUUCUCCAACCUCAUCCAAAGAAAACCCAAAACACCAGCCUUUCAAAACCCUACUUGGAGAGAGAGAGAGAGAGAGAGAGAGAGAGAGAGAGAGAGAUGAAUAGAGGAGUUUUGCAGAGUUCGCCGGUGCAACAGAUGAUGGGUGGGAACUUAAACUGGUGGAGUAUUAACAACAUGAGGGCACCACCUCAACAGCCAUCUCCUCUCUUGCCUCCUCUUUGUCCUCAGUACACACCUCCUGCUUCUUCGCUUCCAUUGGGAUCAUGGCAUGAAACCCAAGACCUUCCAGAGUCAUGGAGUCAACUACUUAUGAGUGGAUUGGUAGGUGAAGAAGAGAGGUUGAGUUUCAACCAUCCGCAGGCCAAGAAGGUGGAGAAUUGGGAGGAUCAGGUGCUAUUUCCAUCAUCGAGUCUUCCUAUGAUUGAUGUGAAGCAAGAGAGCUCUGAAAGUGGUUACGCGUAUGGGCACGGAAAUGAAGAACUUCACGCAGUUAAGUCUCCUUGGGGGUCUCAAAUUCUCCCACCUUCGCCUCCUAGGUCUUGUGUCACCACCAAUAUGUUGGAUUUUUCUAACACCAAGGUGGAACUGAAGCAUCAACAGCCGGAUAAUUCUUCUGAGUGUAACAGCACAGCAAAUGGUGCAGUAUUUAAAAAGGCUAGAAUUCAACCCCCAGCCCAACCAGCUUUCAAGGUGAGGAAGGAGAAAUUAGGAGAUAGAAUAACAGCCCUUCACCAGCUAGUAUCUCCAUUUGGGAAGACUGACACAGCCUCUGUCUUGUUAGAAGCUAUUGGAUACAUAAGAUUCCUUCAGAGUCAAAUUGAGGCCCUCAGCUCUCCGUACUUGGCCACUGGAUCUGCUAACAUGAGGCAGCCUGUUCAAGGGGAAAGGAAUUGUAUAUUCCCAGAAGACCCGGGUCAGCUGUUGAAUGAUGCUUCCAUGAAGAGAAGAGGAGCCCUUGAAAAGGAUGGUCAAGAUGAGCUGAAGAAGGACUUGAGGAGUAGGGGUCUGUGCCUUGUUCCUGUAUCAUGCACUCUGCAAGUGGGGAGCGACAACGGGGCCGAUUAUUGGGCUCCAACGCUCGGCGGAGGGUUCCGAUAAGCAGCAUUGGCCUUAGGCGGUGGCACACCGGAGCUUCAUGCAGUGAUAUAACAUCAUGAGCAGUCACUCUGCUAAAAUUUCAAGGCUGAUUGCUCAUGAUGAUAUGCACUUUGGGUCCAGAAAAAUAAGUGUGCUAAAAAACUAGGUAUUUCGGAGUCUAUCAAGCUCCCUAAUUUCAGAUAAGCUUGUUUAUCUAAUCUUCUUUCUUUGAUGAUGUUAUGCUACAAUGAUAUGUUGUAUAUGUGAUCCUAGUAUUAUGGUAAUCCUCUUAAAUUUUACUUGGAGGGUUUAGAUUCAUGUGAUGGCAUGGUCUUGAAGUGAUCUACACCCUCCUGAUUGUUGAUGUAUCAUAGCCCAAAAAUUACACUUAGAGAUGAUUGUAAUAAUUUGAUUUUGGGCUUGGAAUUUAGACCACAAAUUGUUUUA